AUGGCGGAUGAAGGUGCCGUUCCCAAGUCUCCCUCGAGAUCUCCGACGAGACCCAACACCGCCGCUCCAACAGCUGCAGGAGAGGAACUGGCUACCAACAGUCAACAAACGCCUGGCCCCAACAUCGAGACUGAUGACCCGGUGGAGGAUGCAGGCUUUUUUACUGACGAUAGCUCCACUCAGUCCACCUCAUUGUCAUCCAGCGUCCGCGACUACAACUUCGAGAACAAACGACGAUACCACAAGUUCAAAGAAGGCCGCUACCUGUUCCCCAACGACGAUCUUGAGCAGGAGCGCGAGGACAUGAAGCAUGCUAUGAUUCUUCACCUAUGUGGUGGGGUACUUCAUAACGCGCCGUUGAAGAGUCCCCAGAAGAUCCUCGACAUCGGGACUGGUACCGGUAUUUGGGCUAUCGAUAUGGGCGACGAAUAUCCGGAGGCAGAGGUGACUGGCAUUGAUCUCAGCCCCAUACAACCCUGUAGAGUCCUUAAGCCCGGGGGCUGGAUCGAGCUUCAGGACAUGAAGUGGACAUUCGACUGCGAUGACCGGAGCAUGCCGUCUGAUUGCACGCUUCCUAAGUUCACUAGCCUCGUCAAAGAGGGUCUAGAGAAAUUCCGGGCUGAUCACCAUAUUGAACGCUUGGAGGCUGCGGGCUAUGUCAACCAGGUCAACGACACGAAGAAGCUCCCUGUUGGUCCGUGGGCCAAGGAAAAUGACCUGAAGAUCAUCGGCCGCUACAGCCAGGCGGCUGUUUAUGAUGGCUUACACGCGAAUACCAUUGCACCUCUUACAAGAGGUCUUGGCUGGUCAUCCACUGAGGUUGAGAUCUUCUUAGUACAGCUGCGCAAGGAUCUCAUGAACCCGUCCAUCCACUCGUACGCACACUACUAUUCGAUGUCAGGCCAGAAAACGUUGGAAGUUAAGUAG